AUGUCCGAAAUUGCUGAAGGAUACAUAGAUGAUCAAAAUGAUAAAAAAUGGUCAUUUCUUGUUCUACAUGUAGUAGGAGAUUACACAAAAUUACGCUCGUUUAUAUCUGAGUUUACAAAUCUAGUAAUUAUUGAACAAGAUCCAUUGAUAAAACAAGUUUCAGAAACUUUUUCAACAACUUGUUCAAACAUGCCUGUUAUCAUUUGGAAUAUUUCGCAGAGCAACGUAAAACGAAAACUCGAGCAUCGGCAUUACGCGUUAACUGGCACAAUUAAUGGUAUAGUCAAGAACGUACAAGAAGCAUGCAUCGCUCAACUCAAAAAUUUUAAAGGCAAUUCUAAUACUUUAGGUUCAAUCAAUAAUACAGAAUUAUUGUAUCGUCCAACACUAAGCAAGAUCAGUGUAGUUGUUGUUAUUCAACGUCAAGACUAUUCGACGCUAAGACAAGAGAAAUUCUUAUUACAAAAGAGUUUUAACAUUGAAUCAAAAUAUAGGAUAGAAUUAAAUCGUUUAAAAAAUGUCUACUCCGAACAGCGUGCAUUGGAGAAUAAAAUUCGAGAACAAGAGCAAUACCAUCAAUCUAUUAUGUCCGAAGUAGAAAAAUUAGAUAUCAUCAAGACUUUUAUAAACAUUUUACAACAUUAA